AUGCUGCCGUCGGAGAUUUUUACUGGAAUCAGUAUGAAAACUACGGACGCUCUGGGCUACACCCUCCGCGCCGAACUCUUCUUUGUCUCCGAGCCCGAAUCCCAAACCUUCGUCAAAGGCCAAAUCUGGGCCGAAAACUUCGUCCCCCGCGCCCACUGGGAAGCCCGCCUCCCCCUCGGAAUCGACAACUUCCACCACCCAGCCGGAACCGGCGUCAUCGGCCACCACACUCACUGGGACAGAUGCUACGACAUGAUCGACUGUAUCAAGGAAGUCAAGAAGGUGCAGGACUACCAUAUGGACGGAAACGGCUGGUGGGAUAUUGGAUACAACUUUUUGAUCGGAGAAGAUGGGCGGAUUUAUGAAGGAAGAGGCUUUCACAUUCAAGGCGCCCACUGCUCUGGCUGGAACACUCAAACCCUUGGCUUCACAAUCAUGGGCAGCUUCAUUUCCGACCUUCCAAAUGAACGAGCGUUGAACGCCGCGAAACAGCUCAUGGCCGAAAUGGAAAAGAGAAACUUCAUCGAUGAGCGCUGCUGGUCAUUCUUUGGCCAUCGAGAUAAAGGAAGCACGACUUGUCCGGGAGAUCGACUUUAUGAAGAAUUCAAGGGCUGGAAGAACUUUCACCGAGAAUGCUAUUGA